AUGACUUCAGAGUCUGCCCCUGCGCUAUUGUUCCGGCAUGAAAUCCGUUUCGGAUCUACCACCUUACGUAUUACCAUCGAAGCAAUUGAAGACCCGCCACAGCCUGUGACUGACGCUGAUAGGGAGCAAGUUCCCGUAUCCGAUGACCAAUUUACAACUGAAUCAGAAGAUGUUGAGAGUGGUCUCGGCGAAAAGGAAAAUGUAGACGACUUAACCGAAGAUGAUAAAAUUUCGGAACUGGUAGUUGAGGAUUCAACAUUGGGGGAACCACCAUUUGAUGCCGAAACAAAAGAAAUUGAACACGAAGAUACAGAGGUUGACACAUCAGACUUGCCACCUACGCCAGACGUAGAACCAACAGACGAUGACGCCGGUAAAUUGGUUCCUCUAACAGAUGACAAGACCGUGGCAUCUGAUGAUAGCGAUGAGACAGAUUGGGGGAUGACCACGGCAGAGUUGGGGGUAGCGCUGGAGACCGCUAUACAGUCAUACAAUAACGAGGUCGGGCAUGGCCCCCUAGUGAUGAGGAACAUUGGUGACGUGGACCCCACCUCAACUAACACUACCAAUAGCAGCAUAACGGAGAUGCAAGAGGAGAAUUACGAUGAGGCGGAUAAGAUAAAUCCACUGCUGGCAGAAAAUGACGAAGACUUGGAUUCAAUUGUCGUCUCUGACACAAUAUCGGAAGUAUCUGUGGAAGAAUUUGUGCCAAGCGGAGACAAUAUCGAUAAGCUGGAUCCGGACGACCCGAAGACCAUAUUGACGUGGAACGUCUCGGGGUUGAGUGAAGUCGUGCACCGAAAGCAGGUGUGGACUCGUUUUGCAGAUCUCGUAGAAGGGGUCAAACCCGAUAUAGUGGUACUGCAAAACGUGAAGCUCUGCGAGUCUCAAAUGAUCGGGUAUUGCCCUAAAGUGGUGGAGAAAGGAGAUGGGAGGGCAGCUAAGAUCUCAUAUGAUCAGCAAUUCAAAGAUGGGCAACUCAUCGAGGAGCUCAAAAGGAACAUCUUCAAGAGAUACCACCUUGUCCACUCCCUCGCUAGCUGGAGGAUAGGCGGCCAGCUAAUCUUCAUCAAAAAGCGCUUUACGGUUGGUUAUAUGGGCAUUACUCUAAUUUGCGCAGUACAUCACGGCGAGAUUCGGUCUCAAUACGAAGGUGAACGCGAAGUACCACCAUCCGUUAAUGGAUGGGACACAGCGAAUUUAAAGCAGAAGAAGCAGUGGCACAGAGACCUGGCCCAUUUGCUGUACCACCUGAAGGACACUAAAGCUGUUGUCUUAUGUGGAUAUCUUAACUGGUACGUGGAACCGAAAUCACGCCACAUCUUCGACAGUGCCCCUGAGGACAUCGACCUGUCGGACUCCGAAAAACUCAAAAUGGAGAGCUCCCCCGUUUUGCACGACUCGGGCAAUACCGGUUUCCCAGGAUGCAGACCGGCAGACCGCGAAGGCUUUAGGUGGAUACUGCUGGCAGGACGUCUCGUUGACAGCUUCCGGUUAUUACACCCGUACCGAGGCAAGCACAAGAAUCCUCAAAACAAAAAAUACACAUCAUUGGGUUUGUUUCACGAGUUCGAACUAACAAAUUGCAGUCUAUCUCGGCGACAAAACACGAUGCGCCGUCAGGACCAACCUGACAGUAGGUUCGCAGUUUACAGUUAUAACGGUACUCAGCUGGUCGCAAACUACUUUAUGAAGAACGUGAGCCAGUGCGAAAUCAUUGGCAACACCAACGAUCUCAGCCCGUCGGGGUGGCGCCACCUGCCUCAGCUGCUAGUCAUGAGGAGUCCCAAAGGUGCAACGACGGCAGCUUGA